AUGACCAGGUCGCACCAUUUACUUGGGUCAUCGGCAAUAGAGGAUGAUUUCACCAUAGAAUUCAUUAAUGUUGAAGGCGACUUUUUAGCGAAACUAAGAAUUCAGGGUUCUCAACUCAAAGUUCAGGGGAAAUAUCAAACCGAUCUAAGAAAUGUUCCCACUUUUCGGACCACACCGAACAUGACAUUCGAUGGGAACGGACGAUACGACAUGUCGCUCGACUCGUUUGAAUUUUUUCUUCAAGUCGAAGGACGAGCUCCUCCCGUUGGAAAUGUGUCCAUUAUCUCAGCCAAGAUUUCUAUAGAUUUCAAAAAUCCUGACGUCCAUUUUACGAAUCUUUCUCUAAUUAGUCAUGGGCGUACUGGUUUUGACAAGAUAACCGAGUGGGUUCGUACCGUCGAAUCCAUCCAAGACAUCCAUACUUAUUUUUGGUGGGACUGGAAGAACGCGGCCAAUUUCGUUGAAAUAGAUAAGCUUGUAAAUGAAAUGACCAAGUGCGUCUUGCAAAAUCUCUAUCGAGAUUGCAGUCUAAUGGAUCUAAUACAUUCAGGUCAAUAA